AUGUCUCCUUUCACAGGAGUGUCCGACACAUACUUACAGCCAGAUGUUAUAAAGGCUAAUACUCCUGUUCCGACGACAGAUACACCCAUUCUAGCGGAUACUUCUAUUCAAGGUAGUAUGCCUACUGCUACAAAUAGUCAAUCGCAGAAUGAGUCCAUGACAACUACAUUGUAUCGAAAACUCGCAGAAUCUGCCCAUCCAGUGGCUCUUCUUUUCUAUCUCAUACUCCGGGUCUUUCCUGUCGUCAUAUAUUUGUGUGGACUCUGGUUUACUUCCAAUUACAUCUUAUUUUUCAUUGUGGUGAUUCUUUUACUUGCUGCAGAUUUCUGGAACCUCAAAAACAUCUCCGGACGUUUGCUCGUUGGACUCAGAUGGUGGAACGAGACCAAUGAUGUGGGCCAAUCCGUCUUGGUAUUCGAAACCGCUGACCCUAACAGACACAUCAAUCCAAUUGACUCCAAAGUGUUUUGGAUGCUUCUAUAUCUCUGUCCUGUUAUUUGGAUGACUUUGGGUUUCAUGGCUCUUGUCAAAUUAGAGUUUGUAUCUUUGAUCUUGGUAGGCAUAGCUAUUGCUCUCAGUGCAACCAACACAAUGGCCUAUACGAAGUGCGACAAGUUUGGCAAGGCCAACAGUAUAGCAAACGAUGUAUUUGGUUCUGUUACAGGCAGUUUAUUCGAGAGGUUGAAUCCUUUGAAGCUUUUUACCAGAGCCGGAAACUGA